AUGGCUACCAAAAUCAUGGCUGCCCGAUCCUUCUCCUUCUUCUUCACCUCCAGAUUCAAGCACCCUUCUCUCUUUACUUACAGCCGCCCCUCUAUCCAGUCUCUAACCCCUCCCGCCGCCGCAAAAAUCCCCAGAACGCCAUCUCCGGCGUUCUCCCUCACCAGAACACUUUGCACUUCGACGGAAACACCUCCGCCGCCGCCACUUAAAAACCGAAAUCCCAAGCUGGUGAACUUCUCUCUCUCCUCCGACUCCGAUUCCGACGCGGAGAGCUCAUCCCCCGAGAAGGGAUCGCCCAAGCCCAAGCUCCCGCCGCCGUACAACCCGUUCAGCAACAAGCCCGCCGUGGAGGAGCCCGAAGACCCGAAAAACCUCCAGGAGGUGUUCGCCAAGAUACGGGAGGACGGGCUGAUGAACAGCGCGGUCAAGAUGUUCGACGGUUUGUCCCAGGACGGGCUGACCCACGAGGCCCUGGAGCUUUUCUCCCAGAUCAAGGACAAAGGGCAGAUGCCGGACGUGGUGGCCCACACGGCCGUUAUGGAGGCCUACGCCAAAGCGGGCCAGGCCAAGGAAGCCCACCGUGUGUACCUGAGGAUGCUGUCCAGCGGGGUCCUGCCGAAUGCGUACACGUACAGGGUGCUGAUUAAGGGGCUGGCCGAGAGUGGGGACUUGAAAAUGGCGAAAAAGUACUUGGGGGAGAUGGUGGGGAAGGGUAUGACCCCGAAUGCUGGGGUUUGUGUGGGGGUGUUUGAGGGUCUGAUGCGGGCCGGGCUGGAGGAGGAAGGGAAGGAGAUGGGGGAGAUGCUAAGGGAGAAAGGGGCCGUGCCUGAGGCGGCUAAGGUGAGGGAGGCUCUCAAGGGUAAGGGAGCUGCCGUUGAUCGGGCCGUGAUGAGAUUUUUUUACGCCAAGUGA